AUGGCCUCGAAGACGGACGCAGACCGAGCUCCAUGGGAUGCCGCCCCGGCACACGAGCAGUUGUUCGUGCUCAUCACCGGUGCCAACAGCGGCAUCGGUCUAGGCAUUGGCGAGCGCCUCAUCGACGAAUUCCUCGCUACCCGGUCGCUCACCUCCCACCUGAUCCUCGUCCCCACCACCCGCUCCGUCUCCAAGUCCACCCAGACGAUCCAGCACCUGCGUGCCCACGCCAACAAGGCUGCCCGGACCUCGAAAGCGCUGGUGUCGCGCGCUGGCGGCCCCGAGAAGUACAACUGGGAGGACACGGCGUCCAGGGUCCAUAUCCUGUCGCCCCAGCUCGACCUCUGUGACAUCAAGGGCAUCUACGCCUUUGCGGAAAGGCUAUGCGACGAGCCGCUAAGCAACCCGGCCGGCUUGCAGGGACAGGACGCUGAGCUGCAGAAUGUCCGCAUCCCAAGGCUGGACAGCGUCAUCUGCAAUGCCGCGUACGGUUCCUGGGUCGGUGUCAACUACCCCAUGGCCAUAUGGGUCAUCAUGACGGAGGGGCUCAUAAACUCUGUGACCUGGCCGACAUUCAAGAUCCCCAAGCCCACGGCUCUGCUGAAUGGCCGCCCUAUUUACAACUACCCCGCGAAACCCAAGCUCGGCGAAGUCUUCUGCGCAUGCGUCUUCGGCCACUACCUCCUCUCGCGCAAGCUCCUCCCCCUCCUCACCCGCCCCAAGACAUCAGAGAGCCUGCCCCCCGGCCGCAUCAUCUGGUCGAGCAGCAUCGAGGCGAUCCGGGACGUCUUCAACCCGGACGACAUCCAGGGCCUGCUCCGGGAGCACCCUUACGAGUCGGCGAAGCGCCUGACCGACUACAUCUCGCUGUCGUACAACCUCCCCGCCGUCGAGGACUUCAAGGAGUCGUUCCUCAGCCUCGACGAGGACGAGAACCCGGACGAGAAGAUCCAGCCCGAGAUGUACCUCACGCACCCGGGCAUCGUCGCCAACGACUUCUUCCCGGUGCCCUGGUACCUCAUGUGGGCGUACCGGCUGGCCAUCGUGGUCAGCCGCUGGCUCGGCUCGCCGUGGCACACCAUCGACUCGUACACGGGGGCCAGGUCGGCCGCGUGGCUCGCCCUCCAGGGCCAGGAGGAGCUGGACGACGCCGAGGCGGACCGCGUCAAGUGGGGCAGCGCGUCCGGCGGCAGGCUGCAGGCGCUCAUCAAGAAGACCGAGGUGGAGGGCUGGGGGUGGACGGGGAGGGUGGAGGGCCCCGACGCCGACGCCGCCGAGGAGGGCAUCGUGGGCAUCCUGCGCAGGAGCGUGGGGAGGAGGCGCGACGCCGCGGACCCGACGGCCGAGUCGCUGGCCGAGUUUGAGGAGGUGGGCGCGGACGUCUGGGAGCAGCUCGAGGAGCUGAGGGAGGAGUGGGAGGAGAUUCUGGAGAUUUCAUGA